GCGGCGCUGGUGGUUGCAGAGCCACGGCCCGAGCUCUAGGCGAGACCGGCUGGGCCCGGUCGGUGCCGGUUGUGGGCGCCGCAGACAGGCUUGGAGAUUGCUUCUAUAAUUAGAUCACUGAUUUCCUGCAUAAAGCACAAUGUCUCGGUCCCGACAGCCUCCACUUGUGACAGGCAUCUCUCCAAAUGAAGGGAUCCCAUGGACGAAGGUGACAAUAAGAGGGGAGAAUCUGGGUGUUGGUCCCACUGACCUCAUAGGUUUGACUAUUUGUGGACAUAAUUGCCUCCUAACAGCAGAGUGGAUGUCUGCAAGUAAAAUAGUAUGUCGAGUGGGACAAGCCAAAAAUGACAAAGGAGAUAUUAUUGUCACAACUAAAUCUGGUGGCAAAGGAACUUCAACUGUUUCUUUCAAGUUACUCAAGCCUGAAAAGAUAGGCAUUUUGGAUCAGUCUGCUGUGUGGGUUGAUGAAAUGAAUUAUUAUGAUAUGCGUACAGACAGGAAUAAGGGAAUUCCUCCUUUGUCCCUCCGUCCUGCAAAUCCUCUUGGCAUUGAAAUUGAAAAGGUAGGCGCAGCAGUUGGGCGGGCGCCGCAGGUGGUGUGUGACAUGCAUCCCGGCAGCCUUGGUUGGCAACAACAGCAGCUGUGUCAUUGUGUUAUGAUGCCAUCUCGUACCAACCUAGCUACUGGAAUCCCCAGUAGUAAAGUAAAAUACUCACGGCUUUCCAGCACAGAUGAUGGCUACAUUGACCUUCAGUUUAAGAAAAGCCCGCCUAAGAUCCCUUAUAAGGCCAUUGCACUUGCCACAGUGCUGUUUUUGAUUGGAGCUUUUCUCAUUAUCAUAGGCUCCCUCCUGCUGUCGGGCUACAUCAGCAAAGGGGGGGCAGACCGGGCUGUUCCUGUCUUGAUUAUUGGCAUUCUGGUAUUCCUGCCAGGAUUUUACCAUUUGCGCAUAGCCUACUAUGUAUCCAAAGGCUACCGGGGUUACUCCUAUGAUGACAUCCCAGACUUUGAUGACUAUUUUGAGCAGCUCAAAAUGGCAGUCACCAACCUCAAAAAGCAGGCCAGCAAGAAGAGUGAGGGCAGUCUGGCCUAUGUGAAGGGUGGCCUCAGUACAUUCUUUGAGGCACAAGAUGCCCUCUCAGCCAUCCAUCAAAAGCUAGAAGCAGAUGGAACGGAAAAAGUAGAAGGAUCCAUGACACAGAAACUGGAGAAUGUUCUGAAUGGAGCAAGUAAUACUGCUGAUGCAUUAUUUCAAGAAGUGCUAGGUCGAAAGGACAAGGCAGAUUCCACUAGAAAUGCACUCAAUGUACUUCAGCGAUUUAAGUUUCUCUUCAACUUACCUCUGAAUAUUGAAAGGAAUAUUCAAAAGGGUGAUUAUGAUGUGGUUAUUAAUGAUUAUGAAAAAGCCAAGUCACUCUUUGGGAAAACAGAGGUGCAAGUUUUCAAGAAAUAUUAUGCCGAAGUAGAAACACGAAUUGAAGCUUUACGAGAAUUACUUCUGGAUAAAUUGCUUGAGACUCCCUCAACCUUACAUGACCAAAAACGUUACAUAAGAUAUCUGUCUGACCUUCAUGCACCUGGUGACCCUGCUUGGCAGUGUAUUGGAGCCCAGCACAAGUGGACCCUUCAGCUCAUGCACAGCUGCAAAGAGGGCUAUGUGAAGGACCUGAAAGGAAACCCAAGCCUGCAUAGUCCCAUGUUGGAUCUUGAUAAUGAGGUACGUCCCUCCAUGUUGGGCCAUCUCAGUCAGACGGCAUCACUAAAGAGGGGCAGCAGCUUUCAGUCUAGUCGAGAUGACACAUGGAGAUACAAAACUCCCCAUAGAGUGGCAUUUGUUGAAAAAUUAACCAAGCUUGUUUUAAGUCAGUUGCCUAACUUCUGGAAACUCUGGAUCUCAUAUGUUAAUGGAAGCCUUUUCAGUGAGACUGCUGAGAAGUCAGGCCAGAUCGAAAGAUCAAAGAAUGUAAGGCAAAGACAAAAUGAUUUCAAGAAAAUGAUACAGGAAGUAAUGCAUUCUCUUGUGAAACUGAUCCGUGGAGCUCUGCUGCCCCUCAGCAUCCGAGAGGGAGAGGGGAGGCAGUAUGGAGGCUGGGAGGUGAAGUCAGAGCUCUCAGGGCAGUGGCUUGCACAUGUCAUCCAGACCUUAAGGCUUACUUAUGAGUCAUUGACUGCCCUUGAAAUUCCUAAUGACAUGCUGCAGAUUAUUCAGGACCUUAUUUUGGAUCUCCGUGUACGUUGUAUCAUGGUCACAUUGCAACACACAGCAGAAGAAAUAAAGAGAUUAGCUGAAAAGGAGGACUGGAUUGUUGAUAAUGAAGGAUUGACUUCCCUACCAUGUCAGUUUGAGCAGUGUAUCCUGCAUUCCCUGCAGUCACUGAAAGAUGUUCUGGAGUGCAAGCCUGGAGAAGCCAGUGUCUUUCAGCAUCCCAAAACACAAGAGGAGGUUUGCCAACUGAGCAUCAAUAUCAUGCAGGUUUUUAUAUACUGUCUGGAACAAUUGAGCACCAAGCCUGAUGCAGACAUAGAUACUACACAUCUUUCUAUGGAUGUUUCUUCUCCUGAUUUGUUUGGAAGUAUCCAUGAAGACUUCAGCUUGAAUUCUGAACAGCGACUUUUGAUAGUUCUGAGUAAUUGCUGUUAUCUAGAACGCCGCACCUUUUUAAAUAUAGUGGAACAUUUUGAAAAGCACAACUUCCAGGGAAUAGAAAAAAUUACACAGGUUAGCAUGGCCUCCCUGAAAGAACUGGACCAAAGACUCUUUGAAAAUUACAUUGAACUAAAAGCAGAUCCCAUUGUUGGUUCCUUGGAACCUGGAAUUUAUGCAGGCUAUUUUGACUGGAAAGACUGCCUGCCUCCAACAGGUGUCAGAAAUUACUUAAAAGAAGCAUUAGUGAAUAUAAUUGCUGUGCAUGCAGAGGUAUUCACUAUUUCCAAAGAAUUGGUGCCACGAGUCCUGUCUAAGGUGGUAGAAGCAGUUUCUGAAGAGCUGAGUAGACUGAUGCAGUGUGUCUCAUCCUUCAGCAAAAAUGGAGCAUUACAGGCGAGACUUGAAAUCUGUGCUCUGAGGGACACUGUAGCCAUUUACCUGACAACUGAAAGCAAAUCUAGUUUUAAACAGGCCUUGGAAGCCCUGCCUCAGCUAGCAAGCGGAGCAGAUAAAAAGCUGCUGGAAGAAUUGCUGAACAAGUUUAAGAGCAGCAUGCAUUUGCAACUCACCUGCUUCCAAGCUGCUUCUUCCACCAUGAUGAAAACAUAAAUGCCUGCAAAAGAAGAACAGUUCAGAAAGAUAACAAGCAUUAAGACUAUUCACUUUUCUUUUCUUUUCUUUCUUUUUU